GUACGUACUUGAAUGCAUUGGCAGCACUAGUCAAAAUGGCGUUUGCAAUCAAACACUUUCCGAACACUUCCAUAUGUGGGCAAAAUAAACAAGGCGUCAUUCUGUAAUUAAACUUAAUUUUUGUGAAAUUAUUUUAUAAAACGCGUUUAAUUGUUGCAAAUUUAUGGCACCGCAUUGUGCUAUGCACGUAUCGUUUAAGUGAUUUGUGUGUUUAGUGUUUUUAAGCCGCCAAGUGUACGGUAUAUUAUCGAGGUACAAAAAACCGCAUAACCUCAAGUGCAACAACAACAGUGGAGCCUACGAUCAAAACGAGAAUGAAAGAAGAAGCGCCAAGCAGCAAAAAAAUGCCGCGAAAACCUAGAGCACCGCCAACAAAUCUGGCACCUAGCACACCCACCAAAGUGGGUGGCAACGAUGAAAUAUUAAGUUCACUUUUACGUCUCAACAAUUACGAUUCGAAUAUGAAGGACGAAUCAUUAGAUAUCGAUCUGUCUGCCUGUGUUACUAUAAGUGGCGAUUCUGCAGCUAUGUUAGCUACCACCAAUAGUCUCUCAAGUACAGAUUUUUGGCGUGUACUUGAUGAAAGUGCACAGAAUGCACAGCUGGAAUUGACAAAUACAAGUGAUGAUCAACAUCAAUUGGUUUGUGCCAGUUUAAGUGAUGAUGGUCUGGAUGAUUCUUCUAUACCUGAUAUGUUAUCAGACACCGGGAAUAUGUACAAAACAAAAAGUAUUGAUAAAAUUUACAUUUCUAGCAAUUAUAGUGAUGCAAAAGUUGUUAGUAGUGUAGUUAUAAAGGAGGAAAAGCCUCAACCCAGUUUUAGCGGUACCUUCCUAAGACCUGAAGCACCACCACCAACGCCAUCACCGAUAAAACGGCUUUUAAUGAAACCAUUGCAGUCGGAUCAGCAGCGACAAGCCGAAAGAUGCUUGCCUAAGGAGAAAAUUAGACGUGACUUGAAAAAGGAUAUGAACGCAAUUGGUCAGCCGUAUCAAUUAAAUACAACACAUCUUGACGAUGCGGCUGUAGAUAAUAUCCAAAGCGUUGAAUAUAAAACAACUGAUAUAAAAAGUGUACCCACCAAUCAUGUUGUAGUCAAUAGCAACAAAUCGAUCUCAUCAUCUAGUUUCAAUAUUUUUACAUUACCAGAAGUCAAUACACCAAGUUUUAGUAGUAAUAGUAAUAACAUUAUAGUGGCAGCAUUGAAGCCUGAUGUUGCCGCUGGUAGUAGUAGUAGUAAUAAUAAAGAGCCUACAUCCCAAGAAACCGGUAACAAUACCCCAGAGCCGGUAUUUAAGUGCCUGGACUGUGAUGGGCUCAUACUUCAGGGGCGAGGUGAAUUCGCUGCGCAUGAGGCUAUUGGACACCGCAUACACUACCGAUGUUCAGUGUGUGAGCAAGAUUUUGAACAAGAAGCAGCUUUAAAGAAGCACAUGAAAUCACAUCGUUCCACAGAUCCGCGAAAAGAUGCUUGGAAAAAAUGUCCUGACUGUGGCAAAUGCCUUAAAUUGGGCAGCAUGUGGAUGCAUCGCAAAAUUCAUAGUGAUAACAAAAAAUACGGCUGUGAUAUAUGUGGCCAAAAAUUUGUACAAAAGAUCAAUUUGACUCAUCACUCGCGCAUUCAUACCGCUGAAAAGCCUUACGAAUGUCCGGAAUGCCAGAAGAGGUUCCAAGAACGUUCUCACCUGCAGCGACACCAAAAAUACCACGCUCAAACACGUUCAUAUCGUUGUGAAAAAUGCGGCAAAAUGUACAAAACCGAACGCUGUCUCAAGGUACAUAAUCUCGUCCAUCUCGAGCAAAGACCAUUCGCAUGCACCGUAUGCGAUAAGUCAUUCAUUAGUAAUUCCAAACUCAAACAACAUUCAAAUAUUCAUACCGGGGAACGGCCGUUCAAAUGCAACUAUUGUCCAAGAGACUUCACAAACUUUCCAAAUUGGCUGAAACACACACGACGUCGCCACAAAGUCGAUCACAAAACUGGUGAACAUUUGGAAAACAUUCCCUCUUAUUGUUCCAAAAAGUCCACAAAAACCGCCAAAGCAAAGGCUGCUGCUGCUGCUGCUGAGGCAAAUUCAGUGUCAACCGAGUCUACGGUGGCAACAAAGACUGCAGAAAAUGAUACUAACACGUCAGCAACGGCUUUAAAUGAAACACAAAGUGAAACAACUAUAGCAACACCAAAGCAAGCAACUAAAAGAAAGAAAAAAGUCCCACAACCGUCAGUAGGGUCGUCCCAGCCGCUACCACCACCGCCGCCUCUAGUAGCAAUUAGAGAUGAUAACCCCUUGCCCACAAUUGCCGCAGCCACGUUGUCUGCAAAAAGUAAUAAAAUUAGUGCAACAAAUAGCAAUAAUGUUAUGACUUCGAUUCCUAUGUCAAUGGCCCAACAAAUGAAAUCAGCAACGACAGUAACUGCAAUAAGUAACACAACGAAUAAAGCGGAGGCUUGUAAAACUACCAAACCAAAGCGUGAGCGGAAGCAGCACUCACCCAAGCAGGUUCAGAAAGUUAUCACAGCACCCACGUUACUUUCGAUAAAACGUGAAAUAACCGAAGCAGAUGUUAACUUAAAACAGCAUGUCAACACAUCAAUAUUAACCGACACUCGAUCUGCAAUCAGCGGUUUUCCAGACCUCAGUAUCACAUCAGCUGAAGAACUCAUUAUGGAGCAGGCGCUGGAAAUGGAAGAGUGUGGCUUGUAUGGGGCGCAGCCCUCCGUUACAUUGGACACCGAUAAUGCGAUUUCAUCAUCUGAGGCUACAGCAGCGCUACAUUUCAAAAUAAAAAGUGAAUUUGAUCCAGUGGAUUUGUCGCCGACACGCAUCAAAGACGAAGAAUAUGGUGUAUUGAAGGACAUGAAUCAACGGAUUUUGUGUUCAUCUUUAGAAUCGUCGCCAUAUUCAUCGCCAGCAUCAAUUGAACUGUCAUCAGCGCCGUCUCUCGUACCCACAAUACAGUGCAUUAAUAUUGCUAAUAUUGAAAAUAACCAAACGAUUACAAGCUGCGGGAAUAGUUUUAUCACUGAUUCGUUCACACUAAACAGCCAAUGUCCAAAAUUAGUCACUAGUCUUAAUAAUUCCUUAUUGCAACAAUCGGUGCCUGAAUUACAACACUUGUUGCCUCAAGUUACCACGCAACUGAUUUCAGCAAAUUCGAAUGUCUUGCCAUCAACCACGCAAGCGUUAAUUAACCAUUUUUAUUUAAAUCCGAUGACUACGAUCGGUACAACAUUGGGUGCGCAAACAUCAACAAGCCAAAAGUUACCGUCGGUGAAUACAUUGCUCUUUUCCAACGCCGGAAAUACGGCAAGUGUAAAUUCUACAAUCUCUUCGGGCAUUAUAAGUGAUGGAAGAUUUUUUCACGGCAAAACCGUAAGCGCGCCGUCUGCAGCCCCAGUGGGACGACCGAAGCCCACAUAGACAACAACAAUAUAUGUACCAUAUUAUAUUGUCCACUUGACUAGUCAGCUGUCUUUUUUGUCCAAGAUGCACAGAUGAGUUUUCCAGUGCGACGUGACUUUUUUUUUUAAUAUGUACUUUAAUCCAUUGAUACAAAUAAACUAGUUUUUUUCUACAAUUUUCGUACAGUAAUAAAAAAAACAUUCUAUAUUUUGUAAUAAA